CUUUCCCAGCGGGACGGCCAGGACGCGCGGCGGGGAUGGCGAGCGACGGGGCCCGCGGCGGCGGCACCCCGCGGCCGCUGCACUCGGCGCAGGCGGUGGACGUGGCCACGGCCUCCAGUUUCCGGGCCUUCGAGAUCCUGCACGUGCAUCUGGAUCUGCGGGCGGAGUUCGGGCCGCCGGGUCCGGGCCCGGGGAGCCGGGGGCUGGCGGGCCAGGCGGUCCUGGAGCUGCGCUGCCUGCUGCCCGCGGGCGCCGCGGAGCUGCAGCUCGAUUCGCACCGGAGCCUCGAGGUGACGGCGGUGACGCUGCGACGCGGGCCGCCCGGGCCGGAGCGAUCGCCCGCGGAGCCCGUAUCCUUCCACACGCGGCCCUUCUCGCACUACGGCCAGGCGCUGUGCGUGGCCUUCCCGCAGCCCUGCCGCGCCUCCGAGCGCUUCGAGCUGGUGCUCACCUACCGCGUCGGGGAGGGACCCGGGGUUUGCUGGUUGGCUCCUGAGCAGACAGCAGGAAAGAAGAAGCCCUUUGUCUACACCCAGGGCCAAGCUGUCCUAAACCGGGCCUUUUUCCCUUGUUUUGACACCCCUGCAGUGAAAUGCACAUACUCGGCUCUUAUUGAGGUCCCAGAUGGCUUCACAGCUGUGAUGAGUGCAAGCUCUUGGCAGAAGAGAGGUCCAAAUAAGUUCUUUUUUGAGAUGCACCAGCCCAUCCCCUCCUAUCUAAUAGCUUUGGCCAUUGGAGAUCUGGUUUCAGCUGAGGUUGGACCCAGGAGCCGAGUAUGGGCUGAGCCCUGUCUGAUUGAGGCUGCCAAGAAGGAGUACCAGGGCGUGGUUGAAGAGUUUCUGGCCACCGGAGAGAAGCUUUUUGGACCCUAUGUGUGGGGAAGGUACGACGUGCUCUUCAUGCCACCCUCCUUCCCGUUUGGAGGAAUGGAGAACCCUUGCCUGACCUUUGUCACCCCUUGCCUGCUGGCAGGCGAUGGCUCGUUGGCUGACGUCAUCAUCCAUGAGAUCUCCCACAGUUGGUUUGGGAACCUGGUCACCAACGCCAACUGGGGGGAGUUCUGGCUCAAUGAAGGCUUCACCAUGUACGCCCAGAGGAGAAUCUCCACCAUCCUGUUUGGGGCUGCCUACACAUGCCUAGAGGCUGCAACCGGGCGGGCUCUGCUUCGACAGCACAUGGACAUCUCGGGAGAGGAAAACCCACUCAACAAGCUGCGGGUGAAGAUUGAACCAGGCGUUGACCCUGAUGACACAUACAACGAGACCCCCUACGAGAAAGGCUUCUGCUUUGUCUCCUACCUGGCCCACUUGGUGGGCGAUCAAGAUCAGUUUGACAAGUUUCUCAAGGCCUAUGUGGAUGAGUUUAAAUUCAAAAGUAUCGUAGCUGAAGACUUUCUGGAAUUCUACUUGGAAUAUUUCCCUGAACUGAAGAAAAGGAAAGUGGAUUCCAUUGCAGGGUUUGAGUUUGAUCGAUGGCUGAAUACCCCGGGCUGGCCCCCCUAUCUCCCCGAUCUCUCCCCUGGGGACUCGCUCAUGAAGCCGGCUGAAGAGCUGGCCAAGCUAUGGGUGUCUGCAGAGCUGGACAUGCAGGCCAUUGGUGCAGUGGACAUCUCUUCCUGGAAGACCUACCAGCUCAUCUACUUCCUAGACAAGAUCCUCCAGAAAUCCCCCCUCCCUCCUGGAAAUGUGCAAAAACUUGGCGAGACGUACCCAAAGAUUUCAAAUGCCCACAAUGCCGAGUUACGGCUCCGAUGGGGCCAGAUUGUCCUUAAGAAUGACUACCAGGAGGAUUUCUGGAAAGUCAAAGCGUUUCUGCAGAGCCAGGGAAAGCAGAAGUACACUCUCCCGCUGUACCAUGCGAUGAUGGCUGGCAGCGAGGUGGCCCGGACCCUGGCCAAGGACACCUUCGCAUCCACUGCCUCCCAGCUCCACAGCAACGUGGUCAACUAUGUGCAGCAGAUCCUGGAGCCCAAGGGCAGUUAGAGGUCAUGCGCAUGCUCUGCUUUUUCAGACUGGCUUUCAGAAUGACAGUGUGCGCCCAAAUUCCAGUUCCUCUGUCAUCAAACUGCAGUGUCUGUCUUCUGGGGUUUGGCCGUUCUUGGGGCUUGGGUGUGUGACUCUGGGGCCUCUGCUGUGGUGAGAACUUCCUCCCCCAGGUCUGAGACCACAGCCCCCUCCCUGCAGGCUUCCAUCCUUGCUGGAGGCGAUCGAUCUUCUGCCGACUUCCCACUUACGCCUGGGAGUUGCAGAGAGGCAGUUUUCUUUCUCUUCCUCUCUUUUUAGAUUUUAAAUAAAUGUUCUUAAGCAAAAUGUA